CUCUUCAGGGACAGUCAGUUGAGCUCUCCAUGGAAUUUAAUAAUAGCAAGGUCCGUUGCUACGCUAGCCACGUAGCGUAGCUCGAGGUUACACCACAUGUGUCUAUAUUUACUACUCACUACGCCGCUGCAGUCCUCUCUCAAGCUGAAUCAGCGUGCAAUCUAGAUAAUUUGCUUUCUUCUAGAUGGAAUUGAAGAUUUUCGUGUGGAUCCUUCUGGGACUCCUACAGAUCCCGGCCGAGUGCGCUUCAAUUCAAAGUGCGCGGAUUUCCCAGUGCUUGAGACGACAUGGUGGUUACGAUCAGGUCCCCAAGAAUUCAAGCAACUUGUACCAGACCAAGUUCCCCGGAGUUACCUGGGACCAAGACAAUUGGCUCCUCACAACCACUACUCUCAACCAGGGCCACUACCAGUCUCGCGGCUCCGUUGCAAAUGGAUACCUGGGUAUAAACGUAGCCAGUGUCGGCCCGUUCUUUGAGCUCGAUAUUCCCGGCCACGGCGAUGAGAUAAGUGGCUGGCCCCUGUUUUCUAGGCGCCAGUCCUUCGCAACCAUCAGCGGUUUCUUUGACGCCCAGCCUACGACCCCUGAGACCAACUUUGCCUGGCUUAAUCAAUACGGUGACGAGAGCGUCAUCAGCGGAAUUCCACAUUGGAGCGGGCUGAUCCUUGAUCUUGGUAACGGUACAUACCUGGACUCUAAUGUCGAUAAUCGCACCAUCUCCGGUUUCAGCUCAACCUAUGACUUCGAGGCUGGGGUUCUGUCCUGGUCAUACCAGUGGACACCUGAUGGCAACAGAGGCUCUUACAACAUCACCUACCGGUUAUUCGCCCACAAAUUGCACGUUAAUCAGGCCGUUGUGGACAUGGAGAUUAUUCCCUCUGUGCAGGCGGAGGCGAUGAUAGUUAAUGUGAUUGAUGGCCACUCUGCCGUCCGCACCGACUUUGUGGAUUCUGGCGUGGAUGACAGUGCUAUCUUCACGGCUGUGCGGCCCUGGGGAGUCUCAAAUGUCACUGCCUAUGUUUAUGCCAAUAUCACGGGUUCUAACGGUGUGGAUUUGUCCUCUCGCACUCUUGUUUCGGACAAGCCAUAUGUGCACGCCAACGAGUCAUCUAUUGCACAGUCUGUUCGUGUUGAAUUUUUCCCAGGGAAGAGGACCCGCGUUACCAAAUUUGUCGGUGCUGCUUCCUCAGAUGCCUUCUCGUCCCCUAGAUGGACAGCCAAGAAGGCUGCCUUGGCGGCUCUGAAAAAUGGUUACCUUGAGUCUUUGCAUUCGCAUGUGUCGGAGUGGGCUCGCGUUAUGCCGGAUGAUGCUGUCGAUGAUUUUACCUACCCAGAUAAUGGUACCUUACCAGCAGAUGAUCAUAUCCUUAACUCGGCCAUCAUUGCGGUCACCAGCACCUACUAUCUUCUGCAAAACACCGUGGGCAAGACCGCCAUUCAGCAAGCGUCCGGCGCACCGCUGAAUAUGGAUAGCAUCUCUGUUGGGGGUCUCACAUCGGAUUCCUAUGCCGGUCUUAUUUUCUGGGAUGCCGAUACCUGGAUGCAUCCUGGUCUCGUUGCAUCGCACCCGGAAGCUGCACAGAGCAUCACGGACUACCGUGUAGCCAAAUAUCCGCAAGCAGUCUCCAAUGUUCGCACAGCAUUUGUGAGCUCGAAGAACCGUACGUCAUUUGAUGCUUCGGCCGCGGUCUACCCGUGGACCAGUGGCCGCUUUGGAAACUGCACUGGCACUGGCCCAUGUUGGGAUUACGAAUAUCACUUGAAUGGUGACAUAGGGCAGUCCCUUGUCAAUCAGUGGAUCGCGAGUGGUAAUACGCAGCGCUUCCGUGAGAAACUCUUCCCGAUCUAUGAUUCGAUCGCGACGCUUUAUUCAAAUCUCCUUGAACGGAAUGGAUCUUCUUGGACAUUGACAAAUAUGACCGAUCCUGAUGAAUAUGCGAAUUUUGUUGACGCUGGGGCCUACACGAUGCCGUUGAUUUCAAAGACGCUGCAGGGUGCCAAUGAUUUCCGCAAGCAAUUCGGCCUGCCAAUUAAUGAAACCUGGUCUGACAUGGCGGACAAUGUGCUUUUGAUCAGAGAGAACAAUGUCACGCUUGAAUUUACAACAAUGAAUGGAAGUGCAGUUGUCAAACAAGCCGAUGUGGUGUUGGUGACAUACCCCUUGGACUACACUCACAACUACAGCUCCGAAGAUGCAUUAAGCGACCUGGACUAUUAUGCCAAUAGACAGUCUCCGGACGGCCCUGCUAUGACGUGGGCCAUCUUUGCUAUAGUUACUAACCAGGUGUCAUCCUCGGGGUGCUCUGCCUACACUUACGCACAAUACUCGUAUGAUCCCUAUACGCGCCCGCCGUUCUUUCAAUUGUCAGAGCAGAUGAUCGAUGACCCUACGGUGAAUGGGGGCACACACCCAGCUUUCCCCUUCUUAACUGGCCAUGGUGGUGCCAACCAAGUCAACCUCUUCGGGUACCUCGGUCUUCGCCUGGUCCCGGACGAUUCUCUUCACAUCUAUCCAAAUCUGCCACCUCAGAUUCCCCAUCUCAAGUACCGUACAUUCUUCUGGCAUGGAUGGCCUCUGUCGGCCAAUUCCAACUACACCCACACUACUAUCAGGCGCGCGAACACUGCCCAUCUCGAUACAGCGGAUCCUCGAUUUGCCAACACGUCCAUUCCCGUCCAUGUCGGACCGGCCUCCAAUAUAACUGUCUACCAACUCCCGGUAAAUGGCACAUUGAUCAUCCCCAAUCGUCAAAUCGCUUCCAUAAACAGCGUUCCAGGAGACCUCAUCCAAUGCCGACCGGUACAAUCACACGAUGAAUACAGACCAGGCCAAUUCCCCAUCUCAGUUGUAGAUGGCGCAUCUUCGACAAAAUGGCAGCCAUAUUUUGCGGACAACGUCAGCUCGGUGACGGUUUCGUUGGAUCCGCCCAGUUCGGGCCCAGUGUCAGUGUCGGGUUUCUACUUCGAAUGGGACGGUGCACCACCCGUCAACGCAUCUGUGGUGUUCCACAAUGCCACCCUUGACGAGCAAGAGAUCAAAAGCCUAAUACCGUCUCUAUUCUCGCUUCCGAAGAAUAAUACUUCGACUGGGGUUUAUACCAUCGUGACGACGCUCACCAAUAUUGCCCUCUCCAACCCGUACGAUCCACUGAAGACGGACCCGAACGUGGUAAAGUUGCCAAGCGCAAAUACAACGAACGUUACUCUACCGGAGCCGGUGCCAGUACCGCGCUUCGCUUCGUUGUUUGUCUCGGGCAACCAGGCGCUCAGUCCGGAAGAUAUAGAAGCUAAGAAUGGCACGGGGGCAACGGUCGGGGGGUUUUCUAUCCUGGGAGGUUGAAAGAGGAUGGCUAUGAAUAUUAUGAGUAGUGAUAUUGAAAAGAUACCUAUGGUACACGGUUUACGAUCACCAUAUACAUUUCUAUAAUAUGAAUUUGCACACUAUA